GGGAUGCCUAGGCUGAUGAAGGAGACUGGGUGCCACCUAUUACCACUGCCAGGUUUUGGGUCCGGGAUGGAGGCCAUGGGGGAAAGCAAUGAAAUGCCAGAAAAGGGGAUUAGAGUAGAGAGAUAGUAUGCUAUGCUAUGGCAAAUUUGAUAAAAAAUUCAAGUCGUGUCUGUGUUACUGAAAUGUAGGUAUUCUUAUCUGUCAAAUUGAACGUAGUGGGAUACUAUAUGCAUAAAUCUUGGAUUCCAGGAAAUUAGCAUAUAGUUACCAUGGUGAUGGAAGCUCGCUGAUCCAAGGAGUUCCACAAUAAUACUGCUAGCUACUUGAGGAAGUUUUCUGCUUACUUCUAGCAAGCUAGUUAGCUUUUAAAUUUUCUAGUAGAUCUACCGUGUCUCACUUUUGAGAGUGAAACGACUUUCUUUCCAGCAUUUUUUUAUUGCCAAGUUAAAGAACAUCUCCAGGAGUCCGCCCAUCGCGAAAAGAAGACAGCCAGAUUGUAGGUGCUCAGGUUAGGUCUCGCUGAUGUUGUAGCCCAAACAUCUGCUUCGACAUAAGGAAAUAUGACUGUGCUUGCUCCUGGUUAAUGGAUACCUGAGACAGAAAAGUUCUGAAAACGUCUCCCACUCUGAAGGGCCUGAGUGGAGGGACAGGAGUUGGGUCGUGUUCUUGAGGUGAGCCUUGGUAGACCAGGCAACCAUAAGAAGAUGGUGAAAAAAAACACAGGACACUCACGACGGUCGUCCAUAUCCAAGACAGCUGGUGGCUCCCAGAUAUCCAGCCUCAAAGACCUGAGCCUGCUGGAUGGAUCUGGCCUUGGGCAGGAGGAGACCCCAGAGCUGCCUCCAGAACCCCCCACACCUGACGAGAGCCACUUGGGCUUCCCAGACCCUGUCUAUCUCCUGGCGGCAGUCAUCUUUCAGAACACUCACCUGGAGAAGCCUGCUGCCCACCGAUUAGUCAGUUAUGGCAAGCGGGCGGGGCUGCCCCUGCCUGAGGCCAAGGAUGAGGCGUACCAACGCAGCUCGUAUGAGCUGGCCUUCAACACACUCAAAUACCAAGAGCUCCUGGAGGACAUCAUGAUUGACAGCUGCUUUUACCUCUCUCAGCCAAUGCCUUCACAUCCUGUCUCGUCUUCCCUCCCCCCCAGCCUUGAAGAGGUGUGCGGCGUCCUGAAGCGAGGGGGAUUCUCUCAGGUGAAUUCAGUCGGGCAGUUGGAAGGGCAGUCCUUCUGUCAGGACCCCCACUGUGUGGACGUGUUGGUGUUCCCCCCCCAGCUCAAAGCUGACCUGUACCGCACCAAGCUGCUCAGCGACAACAAGCUCAUCAUACAGGAUAAGUGGUGUAGCGUCGGUCCCUGUGUGGUGCGCUCUCUGUUGCUCCCAGACGGGGACGUCCUGAUGGCUGGCUCCUCCUCCGGCCUUACCAUGUCACACACCGCCUCCCUGGUCACCCACGGCAACGCCCAUGGCAACAGCCAGUCAAAAGUGUUCGUCUGUGUUGGCGACCGCCCACCCGCCCAGAGGGAGGAGCUACAGGAGGUCCUUGCCAAUAUGGCCUGCAAGAACGUGAAGCUGAUCCCUAUGAGUUUCCUGUCUCUGGACCCAUGUGACCUGAGACUCCAGCGGGUCCGGGUCAUCCUGCUGACCCCCCAGUGCUCCGUGUCUGCAGUCAGCAACCCUGUUGAGUUCAUACUGCAGGAGAACGGAGACACAGACCUGCUCCAGGACCUGUCACAGGGUUCCAUAGCCCAGACCAAGCUGGACACACUGGUGGCCCAGCAGAAGAGAGACAUCAUCCAUGCCCUGAAGUUCCCCAAGGUGCAGGUGGUGGUGUACUCUACCUGCUCCUUGUACCCUGAGGAGAAUGAAGAGGUGGUGAGGGGAGCUCUGGAACAGGCUGGGCCUACCGAGGGACCCAAACUACAAGCCUUCAGGCCGAGCUCUUCCUUACCCACAUCUCUGGGCCGAGCUGAGGAGAGAGCAGGGUGUCCGUUCUUCAGACUGGAUCCUUCAGACGAAACUAACGGCUGUUUCCUAGCUGUACUCACCAGAGAGCCCGACCUGGAAGAGAUCGAGUCUGCACAGGAAGUGCUUGCCAGGGCAGCAGCCACGGGCCUAUUGGAUGGGAUCGAUUCCAACAAGCCAACCAGGAAGGAGAGGCGUGGCCGACAGACCCACCAGGCACCAAUCAGUCACGCCCGCUCAGCUCAUACACGCCCACACGCCACCGCCAGCAGCCAAUCCAGAGUCAUGGAGUUCCUUAACCGUGAGACCAAGGGUAGUAGCUCCGCCACUACGGUGGGGUCGACCAAUGGAGGUCUGUCGCAACGAGGUAAAGCCAAGCCUGCUCGCCGACGCCCUCCCAAGCCCUCCCUCUCCAACAGUACCUCCUACACCUCCCCUUACUCCACCCCUAACCCCGCCUCCAGCCUCUCCAGGAAGAAUCAGACCUGCCUCAUCAACACUGCAGCCGCACACAACAACCGCCACUCGCCUACCGCCACAGACCCCAACCCCCCUGCUGCCCCUCUCACCACAGCCCCCUUCACCCCCCUGGUCCACCCUGGCCCCCCUAAGGGUCGUCAGGAGGUGCUGCGACCCGUGGCCCUCACCCUGCCCCCGGUCCUGUUCCCUGGGUACUCCCCCCCGGCCAGACAGAUACGGAACCUCCCUCCGCCCCCCCAGAGGUCCAACCCCACCCUGCCUUACUACCAGUGGAAGACCUCACCCACCCAGGUGCCCCUGAUCAAGUCCUCUGGUAGUGUCAACGAAAAGCCUGUCGUCAAACACCCUCGCCCCUGGCUCUGACACGGCACACAGGACAAUACUUCAGGCAAAUACACCCUCAAAUACUGAAGACAAAAAACACACUACCAUACACUGAAAUAUAGAAUACAUGUUACACACACACACACACACAUACAUACAUACAUACAUAUACAUAUAAAUA